AUGACUGGACGUUCCGUCCAUCCCUUCAGUCCUACAACGCGGCCUUCGUCGGUGGCGCGGGUGGCACGACCGCAGGAAGCGGUCUCUGCUGCUGUCUUCAUCGCGGCUGCCUUUCUAGGUCGUCUACAACAAGUUCUGCAGCUGGCUGUUUCGCAACGUCCACAGCCGCCGGCCACGUCACAGUGCCUGUGGUGUGCCACGUCUGCCAAGUCCCGGAUUGGGCUGACCCAGGCCGACAAUGGCGCCGACAGCGAGGGGUUCCCCCUGGCAUUGCUACAGGUCGACCUCCAGUUCCGGACACAGAGAGAGCGCUUGAACACCUCCGGCCGCGCGGACGCCUCGCGGACGCCUCGCGCUCCACUCUGCAUGGCGGCACACCGGGUGCCGGAAGUCUAUCUGCUGGGCGCGCCCAAGGCGGGGACCACCUCAUUGGCGCUGCAGAUGUUUCUGCAUGGCGUUUGGCCGGCGGUGCAGUGGGGACACGUGGCGGAAGAUGUGGGGCACUUGAAGGAGUUCCACUUUUUCGAUGAUGGCGAGGCCGUGCGGCGCAAUCGCACGCAGUGGCUGGAGCAUCUUCCAAGCUGCGAAGCAGGGGCGUUUUCAUCCCCUUCUCCCCGGAGCGCCCGGAGCAGUGCGAGUCGACGCACUGCUGUCCCACCGGUGGCGCUGGGCGACUUCACGCCGAGGAACCUGCGACUGGUGCCGUUGCCGGCGGGGAUCCAAGGUGCGACGCCGCUGAUGGCUGAGGCGAACCUGCCAGCGACACUGGAGCGGUUUUAUGGCCAGCAGGCUCAGAGGUUGGUUUUCGUGGUGCUGCUUCGAGAGCCCUUGAGCCUUUUUCAAUCCAUGUACUACCUGGCCAAAGGAAGGAACUUCACUGGACAAGAGGAUCUUGAAGCUUCUACAUUUCAAGAGAGCUUACAAAAAAGCCUCAACCUGGCCAAGCACCAGAUCUACUCUGACGAUCUUUGGGCCGGUCUCUACUCUUGGCAUCUCUCUGCAUAUCUUCAGCACUUCGAUGCCUCGCAGUUCAUCAUCUCCCCCAUGGAGGCCUACGUCCGGUCCUUUGCGCCGGACCUCUGUCGGUCCCUGUCGGAGCGCCUGGAGCGCGACCUCUGCGGUGAAGAUGGCUGGCGCCAGGCGCCCCACAUGCACCACACGGAGCAUCCGCCCCUGGCCAAGGAGCUCGGCGCGGCCGCCACGCUGGUUGAAGCGAUGAUGGAGUUCCUGGAGCCCGAGCGGCAGAGGCUGCUGGAGGUACUUGGGAAGUACAGUCGAGGGAAGGCGCGGCUGAUUGGAUACCAAGGCAAGGUUGGAUCUCAGACUGACAUCGACGGGUGGCUCAAGGAGUUUGGAAUCUACGGUGCAGACGAGGUUGAAAGUUUGAUCUCGACGGAUGAAAUCACAGCUGUUUGCGUCUCAGACACGUACUCGAUCAGGAUGAAAUCCUUUUGGUUGGACCACCGGUUAAGUUUCACCGUCGCCAUGCUCACGGUGAUGAACAUGAUCUUCUACGUCUCAAGGGACCUGGUCUCGAAACACCCAUUCAGCAAGCACUAUGCGCCAGAAACUUUAGAAGAUGCCACUUUGCGUCUGGCCAAAGGAGUUUUGAGCCCCAUCUUCUUUUUGGGCUAUUUGGUGAUUCUCCAUCACAUGAAGACUGGCUGCAGCUUGGCGGAUGCCUAUGUCUUCUAUGGCGCCUCCUGGACAGCGGCCUUCGACUUGUGGGAAUGGAUCUAUCGUUGGCCCCUGACGCCUUUGUUGUUCCUCCAUCAUCUGGGAGGCUUGCUUCUCUGUUUGGCCAUUGCAGAUAUUCGGGUUUUGCCUCUGGGCGGUGUCUGGACGGUGCCACAGCUGCUUUUCUUUUGCAACGUGAGUGUUGCAUGGGCCACGGACCUCAUCUUCAACGUCUUCUACUUUGCCACCAGCUUGGAGACCAUUCGCCGCUACAGGACGAGCCGGGGACCGGGGGUUGGCCCCAAAAAAACAAAACGAUGUUUAGACUGA